AUGAGUAACGAGGCAGAUCAGCAGUGCUUUCUGGCGCUGGUAAUGGAGACUUUGGUGAGAGUGGUGGCUGCAUCCACCACCCGUACAGCAGAGUGGUGGACGAUGAUAGUUGGAACGAUGGGGGAGCUGCUGCUUCGUAUUGAAGAGGUUCGGAUGCAGCAGCAACAACGUGGGGAAAAAACAUUGUUGUUUUUGCCUUUGUAUAGUGCAGUGAGUGCCAUGGUUGUUCUGUCACCUUUACUGGGCAAGAACAGACGCCCUGCCGGGGCCAAAAGUGAUGAGGGUGAAAUGAGAGAUACUUCUGUAUUCCACGAUAAUGUGAUUCGUCUUCUGCGAGAGAUCAUGCAGAGUGUGCUGAAUCAGCCAACGAGCUUUGGGAACGCAUACAGUGUGGUGUUGGUGCUCCUCGCACAGAUGGAGAUGUGGGAAGACGCACACCGUCUACUGUGUAAACUCGAUGAGUCCAACGAGGAAGGAGCAGCAUCACAUGGAAUCAGCAGUAUUGUUGUGGAUCAGCGUGUGUGGGCUUGGCUCUUUCGGAGUGCACGGGAUGCGGGUCGAGCAGAUAUUUGUCUGUUUCUGCGUCAAAGGCGUGAGAAGCUUUUUUAUUAA